AUGGUAGUUUUAGAUCAGGUAGUAGUAGAGAAUCCUUCACCGAGGGUGGUGAGACGCUGGCACAGGUUUCCCGGGGAGGUUGUGGAUGCACCUCCCAGAGGUGUCCAAGGCCAGGCUGGAUGGGGCUCCGAGCAACUGGGUCUGGUGGGAGGUGUCCCUGCCACGCAGGGGCCGGAACCGGGUCUUUCGGGCCAUUCCAGGAUUCUGCAGUGUGGCGAUGGCCUGCUGUUACCAGUUGUGGGCUAUGGAGCUUCCAGGGAAAGUGAUGGUGGUGUGGAGGAUGGAAUUACCUUGUCUCAUAUCACACAGCUGGUUCUGAGUCACAACAAGCUUACAACUGUGCCAGCAAACAUCGCAGACCUGAGAAACAUAGAAGUGCUCAACUUCUUCAACAACCAGAUUGAGGAGCUGCCUACACAGAUUAGCAGCCUUCAGAAGCUCAAACACCUGAAUCUUGGCAUGAACAGGUUGAACACCUUGCCAAGGGGAUUUGGCUCUUUACCAGCUCUGGAGGUUCUUGACUUGACUUAUAACAACUUAAAUGAAAAUUCUCUACCAGGAAAUUUCUUCUACCUGACCACUCUGCGUGCACUCUAUCUAAGUGACAACGAUUUUGAAAUCCUGCCGCCAGAUAUUGGGAAGCUCACAAAGUUGCAGAUACUGAGUCUUAGAGACAAUGACCUGGUAUCACUGCCUAAAGAAAUUGGUGAGCUCACUCAGCUUAAGGAACUUCAUAUCCAGGGAAAUCGUCUCACUGUGCUGCCCCCAGAACUAGGUAAUUUGGAUUUGACUGGUCAAAAGCAAGUCUUCAAAGCAGAGAACAAUCCUUGGGUUACCCCUAUUGCUGACCAGUUCCAGCUGGGAGUGUCUCAUGUUUUUGAAUACAUUCGUUCAGAAACAUAUAAAUAUCUGUAUGGCAGACAUAUGCAGGCGAAUCCUGAACCUCCAAAGAAGAACAAUGACAAGUCAAAGAAGAUCAGCCGGAAGCCUCUGGCAGCCAAGAACAAAUAAGUCUGUGGCUUCUGCCUCUGUUUUUAUUAAUUUUUUUUCGUUGCUUUUGCAUGUGCCUAUAAUAUUCCUACGCAUCUCCUGUUACUCAAAAGAAAGCAGACACUGGAGGUAAAAGCAAUUUACUAUGUAUACUGCUUUAGAAGAGACUGAUUAAGGAAUACAAAAUUAUACAUUCUCCUAAUUAGGGUCACACUUAUGUAGCCAUUUAAUAUAUCACUGUCAAAUACAUUUUGGCUUUUCUAUUUUUAUGUAUAUUAAUGUCCUCUACUCACAUGUAUCACAUCCUGUUAAUAUCAGCGGGUUUACACCUAUAUUAUACAAUAUUAAAUUUCAUACAAUAUUCCAAGUUAUUUUAAUAAAGGUCUUUA